AUGCCCGGCGCCGUCGAAUCUCCUGCCGCCGCCAUCCUCAACCACUCUGCCACGCCCUACAACUUCCGCUUCUCGCCAUUUCUUCGACAAACGUAUCAGGUCGGCCUGUCUCCCGACCGGCCUAUAUGCAAAGCUUUCCAGUCGGGCCACUGCCCCAACGGCACACGAUGUCCUGAACGGCACGUCUCUGAUUCUAAGACGUCACAGCCGAGUGGUGGUCUCAACUCGCUCGUGUGUAAACAUUGGCUGCGUGGCUUGUGCAAGAAGGGCGAGCAUUGCGAGUUCCUCCACGAGUACAAUCUUCGAAAGAUGCCUGAGUGUAAUUUCUUUAUGCGAAACGGGUAUUGCUCGAACGGUGACGAAUGUCUAUACCUGCACAUCGACCCCCAAAGUCGGCUGCCACCCUGCCCUCACUACGAUAUGGGGUUCUGCCCCCUCGGACCCAACUGUUCAAAGAAGCACGUGCGUAGGAAGCUCUGUGUUUUCUACUUGGCGGGGUUCUGUCCCGAUGGACCUGAAUGCAAGGAAGGCGCCCACCCCAAGUGGUCAAAGGAUCUGGAGAAGCCAACCCUCAAGUCAGAGGAGAAGAAAGAAGACGACAUUCGGAUGGAUCCUGCGCAGGAUGAUAUGGACAGGUCACGCGACCAACAGAGAGAUAGAGAUCGGGAUGAUGGGGGCAGAUAUAGAGGAGGCCAUGGUGGUCAUGGUGGCCGAGGCAAAUGGCGAGGAAGAGGCCGUUACCGUGGAAGAGGUCACUAA